AUUUUUCGAGCGCUUUUCCUUUGUUCGUUGGACUCUUUUGACACCUUGGAUUUCCGCAAUUUUUACAGAUACCUAGGAGAUCUGUCGUCGCUUAUCCACAGCAAGGACUUUGCCCUUAAUAUUUCCGCGCGAUCUAUGGCCGAGCGUAGGCGAAGUGCCCGACAGCUGGCACGAAUCGCGGCGAAAGAUCCCGAGAUCAGUCCGUCAAUAUUGAACUCGUGGACUGUUGUGAAAUUGCGCCAAGAAUUAAAAAGAAGAGGGUAUCCUACAACAGGCUUGAAAGCAGAAUUGAUUGCACGAUUAGAGAGUUUAGAUGUAAUACCCCUAAACGAAAUGUCCGAAGAAUCUACCAAUUGUAAGCAACAAACCUCCUCUGCCAAUACUGGAGGAGUAAGGCAUAGGGAAAAAAUGAAUCAAGAAAAUGACACCAUGGUAAUUAAUCAAACAGUGCCAGUCAAUGGAGUGAGUGCUGGUGUCCUGUCAGAAGAUGAGAUACGAGCACAGAAAAAAAUAGAUCAGAAAAGAAGACAAGGGAUUGUACUUUGGCGUCAGCCCUUUUUAACUUUGACUUACUUCUGCUUUGAGAUGGGGAUUCUUUUACAUGAUUAUAAGGAAAGGGUAUUAAAACACAAAAAAACAGUUUCAUCAAUAGUCCUGAUAUCAAUUUUAAUGACUCUGGUAUAUAAUUUGGAGGGCUCCCAUCAAGAGAGCUUAGGUCAGUUGAAAUCAGUGUUGCUGUGGUGGGCGUAUUGGGUUGGUCUUGGCAUUCUUUCCUCUGUUGGCCUUGGCACUGGACUGCAUACAUUCCUUCUGUACUUGGGACCUCACAUUGCAUCAGUUACUCUGGCCGCCUGGGAAUGUGGCUCUUUAGACUUUCCUGAACCACCGUACCCUGAUGAAAUUCAGUGUCCUGAUGGCAAUCACACAUCCAAUGUCAACAUGUGGACCAUUAUGAGCAAAGUCAGGAUAGAAGCUUUUAUGUGGGGUGCAGGAACUGCCAUUGGAGAGCUACCCCCUUAUUUUAUGGCCAGGGCAGCACGUUUGUCAGGAGAAGAUCCUGAUGAUGAGGAGCUGGAAGAGGUUGAGGAAUUAGAGAGAAUGACUUCUCUUGCCAACCAAAGUUUGUGGACUAGACUUAAGAAAAUGGUUCUUGACUUAGUGGAGCGUGUAGGAUUCUUUGGCAUACUUGUGUGUGCCUCGGUUCCAAAUCCUCUUUUUGACUUAGCUGGUAUCACUUGUGGUCACUGCCUGGUACCAUUCUGGACUUUCUUUGGGGCCACACUCAUUGGCAAGGCCAUAAUAAAGAUGCAUCUUCAGAAAACGUUCGUUAUCUUAGCAUUUAGUAAAAAUUAUGUAGAGGCUGUUUUAUCCUAUGUUGGCGACAUUCCAACUGUUGGCCCGUAUAUUCAGAAACCUUUUAAGAUAGCACUUGAAAAACAAAAGGAAAAACUACAUCGAAAACCUGGUCAAGCAGCUAGUACAUCGGAACCAAAUAUUCUGGCUUGGAUUUUUGAGAAGCUUGUUAUCGCCAUGAUCGUGUAUUUUUUGUUGUCAAUCAUCAAUUCCAUGGCCCAGGCUUACGCCAAACGCUUGGACGAGCGAAAGAGACAGUCGCAGAAACCAGCCAAGGGAGAGUGAACAUUAGAACGCAUCUACUGUUCAAGAAUAUAUUUGCCACAAGCUUCUUUUCUAACCCCAAUACGCAGACACUCCGAAUAUCUUACCUUGUGACUUGUUGUAGCGUGAAGACGGUUGUUAUUAAAAAAAAGACUUAGAAAGACA